CUCUGCGUGGAUUUUUGAUUGUCGUGAUGAUCGAGUGAUCUGUCAAUCGCGAAGUAGGCGUUAAUACGUUCGCGCUACGAGUGCUACGAAUGCUAUGAGGCGUAGCUAACAAUGAAGUAACGCGAAACAUAUUCUAUUGGCAGACGACACAUGUUUAUUUUGCAAAUGUACGCGAAUUUGAUAAAUUGUAAAUAGUGAGAUAAUUGGAUAACGGAGCUAUCACGACAUGUACUGAUGUAUGUACACACUGAGCAGGGGGAAGCUCCUCCCCCACUCCCCUCAAAUUUGACAGGAAGAAAUAAUUAAUGAGGAGUAAAAAGAUGCUAUGGCAGCUUCGAUUGUAUCACGCAACGAUGAGGAGUUGAAUGAGGAAACAGAAUCAGAGGCCAGUAGUAUAUAUCAAGGAUCAGUAAUCUCUACCGUACCUGAUCGUCACGGAUUUCUAGGCGGUUCACAAUACAGUCCAGAAAGGAAACAAUCUAUACCACCUGAUGUGAUAUUGCGAAGGGAAAGAAAAUGGAUACAGAUGCUGAACAAUUGGAGUCUUUUUAUGACUACGAAUUACCGUAAAGUCCGUGAGAGAUGCCGCAAAGGUAUACCACCUUCUGUGAGACUACGCGCCUGGCUAAACCUAUGUGGUGGUCAGCUUCUAAUGAACGAGAACCCAAAUUUGUAUGAAGAACUGAUCAAACGACCCGGUGAGUCCAAAUACAUAGAAGACAUCAAGAAGGAUCUCCAUCGUCAGUUUCCACAUCAUGAAAUGUUCGUCGAGAAUGCACCUGGACAGCAGGAACUGUUCCAAGUUCUCAAGGCGUACUCCAUUCUGAACAGCAAAGUGGGCUACUGCCAAGCUCAAGCGCCUAUCGCUGCAUUUUUGCUGAUGCAUAUGCCGGCAGUGCAAGCAUUUUGGUGUCUCGUUGCGAUAUGUGACAAGUAUCUCAUCGGUUAUUAUAGUCAGGGCAUGGAAACGUUGCUGCGCGAUGGAGAUAUUCUCUUCGCUCUUUUGAAGAGAGUCUCGCCCGUUGCGUAUAAACAUCUAAAAAAACAAAAAAUGGAACCAAUCUUAUAUAUGACGGAAUGGUUUUUGUGCGUUUACACGCGAACAUUGCCGUGGGAAAGUAUCUUGCGCAUAUGGGAUAUGUUCCUUUGCGAAGGCGUGAAAGUGAUCUUCAAAGUAGGUCUGGUACUAUUGAAAGGUAGUCUAGGUCGUACUUCUCUUACCAAACGUUGUCCAACGACAUACGAAACCCUCCAAGUGCUGAGAAAUCCACCCCAACAUAUCAUGGAGGAGGAGGUCUUGGUUUAUCAGAUUCAGAGGUUGAAUUUGAGCGAAGAGGAUUUUGAAUAUGAGCAUCAGAGGCAAAUGUUGAAAAGAAAGGCGGCGGAGAAGGAAACUGCCAAUCGAACUGACUGAUGAUUAAGUAGUUAGAUGAAAAUAUGGGGCGAAAUGUGACAACAUUUUAACGUAUAGCGUCUCAACGUGUGCCUUCCUUUCUGUUCUUUUGAUACUGUAUCCGCAAUUUGUAUGUUAGAAUUUUUUUGUAUUGUAAAAUCCAGAGAUAUGAUAAAAAACGGAUAGGUACAUACACUCUCAAAAUACACUACUCAACAAAAAGUAGGGAACACUCGAACACGCUCAAAAUUGCACAAUAUUCAGAACACUAUAAAAGUAAAAGUGUCAUUUUUGCUACAAUGUUCAAUAACUCGAUGAAAAAAAAUCGUAGAACGAUCAAUAAAAAAACAAAUUGAAAGUAAAGAUUCACUCUUUCGAAUGCUGUGAACCGCAUUAUUGUGCAAUUUUUAGUACACGCCACAGACCUUUGUCAAAUUUAAUCAAAAUUUUCAAAUUUGACGGGUAUCCAUUUGUAUCCACGUAGCUCCAUGAAGGAUCGAUCAAAUUGAAAUAUCGAUUACCGAUUUGAAAAGUAGAGAUUUCACGCUUUAAAAUGCUUUUUCGAUUUAUUUUCUGCGACGAUUUUUUACCGAGUUAUAGUGUUCUGAAUAUUGUGCAAUUUUGAGCGUGUUCGAAAGUGUUCUCUAUUUUUUGUUGAGUAGUGUAGAAAGUGGUUUUUCAUAUACUUUGUGCACACAUACGUAUACAUAUCUAUAUUCCCUGAGCAGCUGGAGUGCAUUAUUUAUCUCUAUUUCCUUCAUUAUUAAUUCAUUAUCAGUACGGAUUCUAUUAAAAAAAAAGAGCACAAUACA